CAAGAUCUUUCCCCCCACUACACAAUUAUCACAAAACACCCUGAACAAACAUAUCACCACCAAAACACCCCUCCUCCGUCAAAAAAAAAACCACUCAACUCAGUUUAAAUUUUAUAAAAAAAAAUCUAUCAUCUUACCUAUCCUCAACAUGUAAAACGAGAAAUUUUAUUUCAUUAAUAUAUUUUACCUAUCUACCACUCUUAUUAUACUUUUUUAAUAAUUAAAGGAGGAGGCAAAUCCAAACGAAGGAGAGAGAGAGAGCUCAUCGCCAUCGCCAUGGGAGGAGGCGUCAUGCGCACCGCGGCCGCGAAGGUCGGAAUCGCCGGGGGCGCGGCCGCCGCGGCGGCGGCGGCGGGCGGGGGCAGGUUCCGCCACGUGGCGCCGGCGUUCGCCACGGCCGCCUCCGCGGAGGCCGCCGCGCCGACGCUGGUGUCCGCGGCGGGCGGCGGCGGCGGUGGCGAGGUCCCCGCGGUGGCGGCGUCGGGGGCGCAGUGGGCGUCGUCGUGGGAGGUGGACGACUGGGAGUUCGCGGACUGGAGGGACGUGGCGGCGGCGGAGCCCGAGGUGACGGCGGCCGGGAAGCCGAGGCUGGUGUUCGCGCCGCCGUCGCGGGAGGAGGCCGAGGAGGCCACCACCGAGCUCAGGGACGCCAUAGACAGGGUUUAUUUUUCUGAGGCUCCCAUAGAAGUUGUGAAAGAACAGGAUAAAGAUCUUAGCAAGCUGGGAGCCGAUGCAAUAAUUCCUGCUAUGCCAGGACAUGUGAUGCAAGCUUUUACCUUGUUGAAAUCAAGCCCAGAGGCACAGGGUGUUGUUGCAUCUCUUGCCUCUGAUAAAAAUGUCUGGGACGCAGUGUUGAAAAAUGAGAAGGUCAUGGAAUUUUACAAGACGCACCAGCAAAGUCUGGUUUAUACUUUCCCUGAGGGCACUGCCUCGGUAGUUUCACCUGAGAAGCUUGCAGACGCCUCCUCAGAGAAUUCAUCCUCCGGGGAGAAGCCUGAGAGCUCCCCUUUUGCAGACUUCAUGGAUAAUGCAAGGAAGACGGUGAUCGACAUUGUGAACAAUAUAACCAACUUUUUCCAAGAUAUGUUCCGCAAACCCAAUGAAGCCGAGAUUCUUGGUGGAUCAUUCAUGGCUCUGGCCAUAGCAGUCAUCCUGUUAAUUAUGUUUAAGAAGGCGUGAGAUUUUGGUUCGACCUCCCUUGGGAAUGAUUGUGCUUUAAAUUCGUCGAAAAUAACUGGCAUCGUAUUAUUAAGUACUACUACAAUGUAAUACUAUAUAGCUGUGUCUACUGCGUCCUUGAAUAUAUUUGAGGACACAGGACAGUACAAUAAAGACAUCGUUUUAUCUAAUAUCUAAUAUUGUACAGUACCUUAUGUAAAUGGCUGAAUAUCGUCUAUAUUUGCCGAA